AUGAUGGAAGGAAAUAGCAGCAUUGUGACAGAAUUCUUCCUCACUGGAUUCCCAGGACUUCAUCCAGAAUACUACAGUCUUGCCUCGGCUGUACUGUUCUCUGUGUAUUUGUUGAUUCUGAUUGGAAAUGCCACAGUUUUUUUGUUAUUUGCAACCAACCGCUGCCUUCAUAAGCCAAUGUAUUAUAUAAUUAUAAAUCUGUGUGCAUGUGACAUUCUCUUUAGCACGACCACUUUACCGAAGAUCAUCAGUAAGUAUUGGUUUCAAUCAGGGACUAUUUCCUUUACUGCUUGUUUUGUUCAAAUGUACUUUGUUCACUAUCUUGGCACAGUAAAUUCUAAUGUUCUCUUCCUAAUGGCUUUUGAUCGGUAUUUGGCGAUCUGCCAUCCUCUCAGAUAUCCAAAUUUUCUUACAAAAUCCAAUGUCUACAUUCUCAGUGUCACUGUGUGGAUUGUUGGCAUGGCAGGAGCUUUAAUGUUAGUAAUUAGGGCAUACCCUCUUCCUUACUGUGCCUCAAAUAUAAUCAAUCACUGCUACUGUGAUCAUAUUAGUAUAACAUUGCUGGCCUGUACUGACAGGACCCCUUAUGGCUUUCCUGCAUUUUUGGUGGCAAUGUUUGCCCUAUUGGGACCUCUAGCAUUUAUAAUUUUCUCAUAUUGCUCUAUAAUUAUGGCUGUACGGAAGAUUGCAAAUCUGCAAGGUCGCCUAAAGUCUCUCUCCACAUGUAGCCCUCAACUGAUAAUAAUCUUACUCUAUUAUUUACCGAGGUGUUUUGUAUAUUUAGCCAGCAAUGUUGGCAUCACCUUUAGUGCGGAUAUGCGAAUUGUAAUCAUAAUGCUGUACAGCCUCACACCCCCCAUGAUUAAUCCACUUAUCUACUGCCUAAGAGCUAAAGACAUGAGAGAAUGCUUGCAGAAGCAGUUCUGCAGAAGAACUGUUCCCCAAAAAACUUUAAACAAAUAA